GGUUACUUUCUUUCUUCGUCACAAAUUUGUUCGAAGAUGGCGUCUCGUGUAGAAAGAAGAGUCGUUACAGAUGAAACAGAAGGUGAAGACCUCAGUAAAAUCGAGUUUGAGACCUCAGAAGAUGUAGAAGUUUUGCCAACGUUUGAUGCUAUGAAGCUUAGAGAGGAUUUAUUGCGAGGAAUAUACGCUUAUGGGUUCGAGAAACCUUCUGCCAUUCAACAGAGAGCGAUCAAACCGAUAUUGAAGGGACGAGAUGUUAUUGCACAGGCUCAGUCAGGAACUGGAAAAACUGCCACAUUUUCCAUCUCCGUACUUCAAGCCAUUGACACACAGUUAAGGGAGCCACAGGCAUUGGUACUGUCGCCAACACGCGAACUUGCCAAUCAAAUCCAGAAAGUAGUCCUGGCCCUUGGGGACUACAUGAGUGUGCAAUGCCAUGCUUGUAUCGGAGGAACCAACAUUGGCGAGGACAUCCGCAAGCUGGAUUAUGGACAGCACAUUGUUUCUGGGACACCAGGCCGUGUUUUUGACAUGAUCAGAAGAAGGAACCUGAGAACCCGCUCUAUCAAGAUGUUGGUUCUGGAUGAGGCAGAUGAGAUGCUAAACAAAGGAUUUAAAGAGCAAAUUUAUGAUGUCUAUCGAUACCUGCCUCCAGCCACACAGGUUGUCUUGUUGAGUGCCACACUACCUCAUGAAAUCUUGGAAAUGACCUCAAAGUUCAUGACAGAUCCAAUCAGAAUCCUUGUCAAACGUGAUGAAUUGACACUGGAAGGAAUCAAGCAGUUCUUUGUCGCUGUGGAGCGUGAAGAGUGGAAGUUUGACACCCUGUGUGACCUUUAUGACACCCUGACUAUCACACAAGCAGUCAUCUUCUGUAAUACCAAAAGAAAGGUGGAUUGGCUUACAGAGAAGAUGAGAGAAGCAAACUUCACCGUGGCAUCCAUGCAUGGCGAUAUGCCACAGAAGGAAAGAGAAGCCAUCAUGAAAGACUUCAGAGCUGGGCAAAGUCGUGUUUUAAUCUCUACUGAUGUCUGGGCAAGAGGACUGGAUGUCCAACAAGUCUCUUUGGUUAUCAACUACGACCUGCCCAACAAUCGUGAAUUGUACAUUCAUCGCAUUGGUCGAUCAGGUCGAUUUGGCCGCAAGGGAGUUGCUAUCAACUUUGUAAAGUCAGAUGACAUCAGAAUCUUGCGUGACAUUGAGCAGUAUUACAGCACCCAGAUUGAUGAGAUGCCUAUGAAUGUUGCUGACCUGAUCUAGGAGCUGACAACUCAUGUACAUUAUCCAUGUGCAAUCCAUAGCAUGCAUGCUACCCUCUUGGAGCUCUUACAGUGAAAUCAGUUUUAAAGUGUACAGUUACUUUUUAGUGUUCAAGUUUAGGGAUAUUUUGUAGAUCAUGUUUUUUUCAAUGCCUUUUUGUUUCUUAUCUUUUUUAUCUGACCAUUCAAGUUACAAACAAACAAAAAGAAAGAGUAUUGAGCUUAAGAACUUGUCAUAAGACUUUGUAACUUUACCAAAAUGUCACUUACCAAUUCCAUGUAAACAUACAUAUUUGAAAUAAACUUGGAAAGUUUA